GGCUGCGGCAGCGGCCGGGCCGAGCCGGGCGGGGCGGCGGCGGCGGCGGCACCACCAUGUCGGAGGCGGCGGUGGCGGACACCCGGCGUCUGAACGCCAAGCCGCAGGACCUGACGGACGCGUACGGGCCGCCCAGCAACUUCCUGGAGAUCGACAUCUUCAACCCGCAGACCGUGGGCAUGGGCCGCGCCAGAUACACCAGCUACGAGCUCCGCAUGAGGACAAACCUCCCAAUCUUCAAAUUGAAGGAGUCGUGUGUGAGGAGACGAUACAGUGACUUUGAAUGGCUGAAGAAUGAGCUGGAGCGAGACAGUAAGAUUGUAGUGCCACCGCUGCCUGGAAAAGCUUUGAAACGACAGCUUCCGUUCCGAGGAGACGAGGGCAUCUUUGAGGAGUCCUUCAUUGAGGAGCGGAGACAGGGAUUAGAACAGUUUAUUAACAAAAUUGCUGGGCACCCGCUGGCACAGAACGAGCGCUGCUUACACAUGUUCCUGCAAGAGGAGACUAUUGAUAGGAAUUACGUCCCAGGGAAAGUGCGCCAGUAGGAGCACCUGGCACUGUCUUCCUCCAUUCCACCCUCCCUCCUGCAAAAAUGACAUUUAUUUUUACACUAAAUCUGUCUUCUCUGAACCAGCUUUUCCUCUCUUGAACCUCCCAGUUUGUUCAGUAUUUUCCUCUUUUGUAACUGGCAGCAGCUUGUUCUUCUGGGCUGUGGUCUUGGCCUAAAGGUAUGAAGAUUUAUGCAAGUGAAUGUGUUGUCCCGCACCUAACGGCAGGUGUGAAUAGGUGUGGAGCAGGAACUUGCUUGUGGCAUUAUGGUGUAGGAGCUGCCUCUCUCCCUGUACAGAAAGGUAUGAGAUGACCUUCACUCCCCUGUCCAUGCAGCCCCAAGCUUCUCUGCAGGAGACUCUGAAGAACAGCAAUUGUCAUGUUGGUCAGUGAUUGCAUCAGGUAUUAGAGUUUUAGUAAGGCUUAUCCAAAACAGUGAGUAGGUGCCUGGGUGUUUUGGUCCCUCGUCCACCCCAUUCACCCUGCAUGAAACCCCCAUUCUUCACUGUCUGGAAGUGCAGAGGCCCAAGAUUUACUCCAACCCUGCGCUCAGCCUCCUGCAUUACAGACCCGUGUGCUGUGUUAGUGUCAGCCCCUCUCCUUUCUCGCUUGCUGCAGGCAGCUCGGGGGGUUCUCAUGACGUUUGCUCUCCUGGUGCUGUGUGUGAGCAGGUCGCUGUGUGGAAGCUGGGCAAGCCUGGCCUCUCGCAGUGUUGGCUCGAGCUUUAAAAAUGCAUUGACGUUUUUAGUUCAGCUGAGCUGUGGUGACCUCCUCCUGUGCCCCAGCUGCAGAAGGGGGAGCUGGGUCUGGCUGAGGAGCAGGAGGUGGCCGUGGCUGUCGUGCAGCGGUGGUGACAGGUGACAGCAGCUGGCUGCUGCAGGAGGAGCCCAGCGUGAGGGUGGCACCACCCCUCCAUUAAGGGACAGCGCGAGCUGCUGGGUUCAGUUCUGGGUUAAUCAGUUGGCACGGAACAGGAUAAGGACUGAGGGAUUUUUGUCUUUUCUCCGUUUUGCAAUGAACUAGACAGUGACAGCGUGGAAGGUACAAGGCUGAUCAGGGAACCGUCCAGGGCUUGCGAGCAACUUGCUGCACCAGAACUGUCCUUUGGAGACCCCUCUGGCUGUCAUGGCUGUAUGGUGUGAGGCUCAGGGACUCCUCAGGUCAAUGCUGGCAGCUUUGUGGGCACUCCUUCAGGUUGUGGCGUGCGUAGAGCCUCUCUCAGAGCCCAGACCCAUGGCGGCUGUCCCCCCCCCCCCGUCCCUGCCAGGCUCCCUGCCGUGCUCACCCCUACGGCCUCCGUAGUGUCCCCUGGGUGUUCUGACGGCCUGGUGCUGAGAGUGAGGGGUGGGGCUGAGAGAUGAGAAGGGGCCGAAGCCAGGAUGGAGCUGCUCGGGGACCGCGUGGCUGCUGGAAGUCCUUUGUCCCCAUCGGCCCCUGCUUGGAGGGAGGGUCCCCUCGUCCUGCGCGUCCCGCUGCGGGGCAGCCCCCAGCCGGCUGUCCCACUCUGUCCAGUGUACCCUCCCGGUUCCGUUCGCAUUAAACCACUGUGAAGCCAA